AUGGCUAUUCGUUUGCCUUGUGUUUUGAGUGCUAAACACAUUCUUCGUCGAUCUAACCUGUUUGUAAAUCAUGCAGCUGCAACAUCACUGGAUGUGCCUAAAGGGCACUUUGCAGUGUAUGUAGGAAAAGGUGAAAAGAAGAGAUUUGUGAUACCAGUGUCAUUGUUGAAUCAACCUUCAUUUCAAGAACUGUUAGGUAUAGCUGAGGCUGAAUUUGGCUUCACUCAUCCAAUGGGUGGCCUUACUAUUCCAUGCACAGAAGACAUUUUCCUUAACAUCACCUCUGGCUUACGUAGUAUGAACACGCAGCUAAAGUAAAUCUGAAGACAGUUUUUGUUUUAUGAUGUUUGCCUUUCAACAUGGAGUUCAUUAAAGAUGACCAUGCAGAAAGGUUUACUAUGCUAUUGGAUUUUCAGAUUAUAUUGCAAGUGUAUCGUAGGCAAAGAACAUCACUCAAAAAGGAUUAAAAACAUGACUAUAUCCUAUGUUUAUUGUCUUUUAGCCCUUUGCUUUUUGGUUCUUUCCGAGUGAACUUUAUAUCAAGUAUAGUUUGUAAAAUUGUUGUCGUU